CCUGUCGGUGCGGUGUCGACUCUCGCACCAUGGCUUUGUUGAUGUUUAACUGUAAAUACAUGUCAUGGCCGCAGUUUUCGGAGCAGUAAGGCGCGCCUGUUGGUGGUAAUCCGGCCUGCCGUCCUGAGUGCUGUCUGCAGCGUGUAGAUGCCUUGGCUGAGAUGAGUGUGAAGGCUUUUGAGCUUGUCCCCGCUGUGGAGCGAGACCUCCUCAUGGGUGACAAAGCUCGCAUCAACAUUGAGUGCAUUGAAUGCUGUGGAAAGCACUUGUACGUGGGCACCAAUGACUGCUUCAUCCACCACUUUCUGCUGGACGAGGUCACUUCUUCCAAAGGAAAAUUGAGUUACUCAGCUCAGAAGCUGCUACACAAAUACCUGGGCCUCAAGAAACCAGUCGCUGAGCUUCGGGCUGCUUCUGCUUUGGAGCGCCUGAUUGUGCUUUGCGAUGGGAUAGUGUUCCUCGUCGACAUGGUGACACUGGAGACUGUACCCUCAGCGGCAGGAGGUGGAGCCAAGAUCAGAAGUGUCACGGCGUUCUGCAUUAAUGAGAACCCGGUGAAUGGCGAUCCCUUCUGUGUGGAAAUGGGCGUACUCUCCUCCAAGCGCCGGACAGUACAGAUUUACAUGGUGUAUGAGGACAGAGUGCAGCUGGUCAAAGAGGUGACCACUCCUGAACAACCCUGCGCUGUCAGUCUUGAUGGUUACUUCUUGUGCUUGGCCCUGACCACACAGUACAUGAUUCUGAACUACAACACAGGAACCUCCCAGGAUCUCUUUCCUUACAACAGCGAGGAGAGGAGACCUAUUGUGAAGAGGAUCAGCAGAGAAGAGUUCCUCUUAGCAGCACCUGGUGGUCUGGGUAUGUUUGCCAAUGCAGAGGGGAUAUCCCAGCGGGCUCCAGUCAACUGGUCAGAGAGUGUGAUUGGUGCCGCUGUGUGUUUUCCGUACGUGGUGGCUUUGGAUGAGAGCUUCAUCACCAUCCACAGCAUGUUGGACCAACAACUCAAACAGACCCUUUCAUUCAGGGACGGACACAUUCUGCAAGACUUUGAAGGGAAGGUCAUUCUGGCUUCCAUUAAGGCUGUGUAUGUCUCGGUUCCUCUGCCGUUGGAGAGACAGAUUCAAGAUUUAUUGGUCAGUCACAGAGUGGAGGAGGCGCUGAUCCUAACAGAGGGAGCACAGAGGAAUAUUCCCAAAGACAAGUUCCAGAUUUUGCACAAAAGAAUCCUCCAGCAGGCAGGUUUCAUACACUUUGGACAACUUCAGUUUUUGGAAGCGAAAGAACAUUUCAGGAAGGGUCAGCUGGAUGUGCGAGAGUUGAUAUCUCUUUACCCAUUGCUGCUGCCAGCUUCCUCCUCAUUCACACGCUGCCACCCUCCUCUGCAUGAGUUUGCAGAUCUCAACCAUCUGGCACAGGGUGACCAGGAGAAAGUACUGCGAUGCAAGAAAUUCCUUAUUAGUUAUUUAGGAGAGGUACGAAGCACAGAGGUGGCAAAUGGCUGCAGGGAGGACGUGGACACGGCACUGUUGAAGCUCUACGCUGAGCAGGAUCACGACAGCCUUUUAGACCUCCUGGCUUCAGACAAUGCCUGCGUGCUAGCAGAUAGCGUCCCAUGGCUGGAGAAAUAUCACAAAUAUUUUGCACUUGGACUGCUGUAUCAUUAUCAUGGUCAGGAUUCAGCAGCGCUUCAGUUGUGGAUUCGUGUGGUAGAUGGGGAUCUGCAGGAUUCCACAAGAUCUGAUCUUUAUGAGUACAUCGUGGAUUUUCUCUGCUCCUCCUCCAAUCUAGACCUUGUAUGGAACUAUGCAGACUGGGCUUUGCGGAAGGAUCCCACCACAGGUGUCCACAUCUUUACAAAGAGACCUGGAAGGAAAGACCUGCCAGAGCUGAACCCUGAUGAUGUCAUCACUUACCUGGGAAAGGACAGCCAGGCGCUGAUUCUCUACCUGGAGCAUCUGGUGCUGGAGAGAAGGAUACAGAAGGAGAAGUUCCACACACACCUGGCUGUGAUGUACCUGGAGAAGGUCUUGUCAUUGCUGUCGGAGUCGUCACCAGAUGAAGUACAGCUGACCGAAGCUAGAGGGAGGCUCCAAGCCCUGCUCAGGGAAUCCAGUCUUUACCGUGUUCAGCUUCUUUUAGGUAAAAUGGAGAACUGUGAACAACUGCUGCUAGAGCGUGCAACACUACAUGGAAAAUUAGAAGAACAUGACAAAGCACUGCACAUAUUGGUGCACAAAUUAAGAGACUUCCCGUCCGCUGAGGCCUUUUGUAUAUGGGCCUCCUCCUGUCGAGAUUCUGAAUACCGACAGCAGCUAUUUCACCUGCUCUUGGGGGUGUAUCUAGAUGGCAGCCUUCCUGCGAAUGCUCAGGCAGCAGCGAGAGGUGGCACUGGAGAGCUGGAGAUGGCGGCAGUGGACCUACUAAAUCGGCACGGCGAGGUGUUUGAUGCAGUCCAAGUGCUGCGAAUGCUGCCUGAAGGCUGGUCACUGCAGCUGCUGCGGCCAUUUCUGGGUCGAGCAGUCAGGGCCAGUAUGCACUCCUGCCGCACCUCCCAGAUCGCUCUGGGGCUAGCCCACUCUGAAAACCUUCAGCUGCUGCAUGACAGGCUGAAAGAGCGCAAGAAACCCAUCUUUGUGUCUAAAAAGAAGGGAUGCCAUCUGUGCCACAACACCUUCAGUGAGCCAGCCGUUGUGUGUCUGCCAGGUGGAGUGCCUGUCCAUACUCACUGUGUUGCACAGAGAGUAACAGACUCUCCCACAAAGAGACAGUUGACUAAUAGCAGUAACCAUACGUGAGACUUGACCCUUCAAACAACCAUGUGAUCUGUGAUUAGAGGCAAUGAAGUACAGCAGGACGUACUGAUUUUGGAUGGCUGGGGACUGUAGGGAUAACAAAAAGCACAGAACACCAAUGUCCAUAGUCAAAUCUGCUAUGGAGUUAACAAGAAACACAAAGAAAGCUGGGCGAGUUUGUAUUUGUGUGAGGGAGGAACAGAGGAUUUCAGCUAUUUAUUCAUGUGCAGUUAUUGUACCACAUUUUCAGACUUAAAGUUUCAGUUCUUUGCCCGUCCUGUCUUCACUGGUACAGUUUUCCAGGCUGCUUGAAACACAGAACACACAAUAUUUGAAUCCUGUUGCGAAUAUUUUUUUGAAGCAUGAAUAGUAUUACAACUGUUUUGGUCUAAUCAACCCAUAUGGGUAUAUUAAUACUGUCCUAACUUGCACAUUGCAGUGUUAGGUUUUAUUGUGAAAUACUACAAAGACUCAUCAGUACUGAUGGAAACGGAGUCUUUUAUGUAUAUCAUUUACAUUCUGUUCUGAUCUGGUCUCACUGCUGCUUUAUUUCCCUUCAGCCAUAAGAGCAAUGGGUGUUGUAUUGCAGUAUUUCAGUUUUGCCAGCAACAAUUUGAUCCAAACCCACUAGAGUUUGAAUGUCCUGUUACCAAGGUAAGAAACCUUGUCACGUGUAUCGUCUGUGGAGCAGUAACCUUGUAAAACACUACAUGAAAUCUGGCAUCGCUUCACUAGUCAUCAAUAAGUGUAACUGAAGAUCUUAGAAUACAUCAAGGACCAAUCAGACUGACCUUCCAAAACUGAUAACAUACACCGAUGGUGAAACGUGACAGCAAAUGUUAUGGCUGAGUGAGAAGUGGCAGCUCAUGUGAAAUCAAGCUUCAUAAGUAUUGUCUGGCUUUGAGUAAAAUAAAUUGAGAGGAAUCUUCACUGCCCACCUGCCGUCAUAAAUCCAUUUUGUUUUUUUGACCAGGGUAUAUAAAUUGCUAAAUAUAGUGCACAACAAAAUGGAGUACACGUGUGUGCAAAAUUACUAAAAUGUUAAGUGAUUCAAAAUGGUGUCAUCUUGAAAUAAUUACUAAUUUUAAGUCCAAUUGUAGGGUAUUUGAUCUAAUGAAUGGCUAAACAGAAACAGGUCUGAUAGUCUACAUUGAAAUACAGGCUCCAAAGUAAAACCUCAGUUCACCAAAAGUCAGCUUGACUUUGACCACUGCAACAGAAGUCCAGUUACAGCAAAAUGUAUGAUCAAGGUAAAAAAAAAAACCCAAAAAAAAAACCUGUGAACACCACCGCUUUCUCAGUUGUGGCCUGCAACAUGCCUAAACAUGUUAAAGCAAUUGCCGCAGCAAGCUAGAAACCAUUUUGUGUCAUUUCACAAUGAUGGGAAAGGAUACAAGGGUAAGCUAACAAUCAGAAACACCACUGCAGCAGUAGUUGGCAGGUAUAGCACGAGCCACACCUCUAAUAGCACUACCUUGCAUUAAGAAACAGACUGGUAAGUCCUACUGACUCGACACAAAGACUAUCUGUGGAACGUGAUGUUUCGGUGGCGCUCAGACAAUGUGAAGGCCGUUGCAUGAACUCAAACUCUUCAGAUGGUAUCCACAACAAAAUCAGUUACUGUGGUGCAAAACUGCAGAAUAAAUGUUGCCAAAGAACAUUACAAAGAAACCUGGUAUUUAGGUAGCACUUUCUUUGGUCAGAAAAAACCAACCAGCCAGCAUGUUUGGUUUGGAUAGUGCUGACUGUGAUGUGAGAGUGUGCUGGCAUAAGGCUGCAUGAUCACAAAAGGUGUAGAGAAGAUGUCUUACGGCACAAUGACUGCAAGUUUGUACCAAAGUACUAAAUGAAAAGAUGACCCCCUAUCUUAAGAAACUUGGCAGGUGAGAUUUUUUUUCCAACAUGAGAAUGAUCCCAAACACACUGCAGCAAUCACUUGAAAAAGUAAAAGCUGACUUGGCCAAAUAUGCAGACCGACUUGAACAACUUUGGAGUAUUUUGAAGUGUAAAUCAGAGCAACAACACCCCUCCAGUUAUAAACAGCUGAAAUGAAUCAACUGUGAAGAACAGCCAAAUAUUUCCCUGUAGAUUUGUAUGACUGGUAUCAUCCAUACCCAGCAGGAUCUGUCAUCAAGAAUCAAGGUUGAUGUACAAAAUAUAGAAAAAUAAAUAGAAGAAAUAGAAUCUCACUAAUGAAGAUGUACUGACUGGGGUCACACUGAAAUUGGACUUUGGGGCUUGUAUUUUCAAUGUAGUCAAUCUGAACAGUUUGUUUCAGUUAUACUACAGAUCAAAUACCCUACACUCAACUUAAACAAACAAACAAAAAAAAACAGUUCUUAAAAUGUUUUUUGUUUGUUUGUUUUUUAAUAUUUAGUGGGUCAGUAAGUUUAUGUUAUAUACUCUUUCAUUUGAAUCCUUAUACCGAAACAAAACAAAUGUUUGUUUCAGUCAAAAUCUACUUUGGGAAAAUUAAACAUUUGUUAGUAAGGCCAUGAAAAGAGUUGACGUUCUGAAAUUAAAUUUGGCUCAAAUCUUAGGAGGUAAUUUGUUCCAAAGCAGUAAUAUAAUUGUAAUUUAUCUCAGGUAUGACUAUCUGUGGGUAAAUCACUUACUUUUCAUAGCUCACCUAUUUUAGUACAGAAGAUGUUGUGUCCAUUUUGUGCAAGCUGUAAAAAACAUUUGCCACAAGAUGGCAGUAAUGUGUAACAUGUUGAAAACAAAUGGCUUAUGGAAACUACUUUACAGUCUUAUUCACUUCUACUUGUUGCCCUGAAUAUGCUUUGAAAAUAUUAAUGGAAAAACUAUGUAGAACUGUUUCUGAGAGAACAAACAUUUAACUUUUAUGUCACACCACCAUCCAUUCACAAAUAAUCUGGUCUUGGUUAAAAAGAAAUGCUUUGAGAGUUAUUGGACCUAUGGGAUUAAAAUAUUUACAUAAUUGCAAAUUCAUACUUCCUACUGUUGCAUCAUACAUACUUUGACAGUGUGUCAAAUUAUGUGGACAAGGAUGAAUUCUUGCUGAAUUCUAUAUGAUGGUGACUGUAAUGCAUGACAUUGCCCUGCACAUUACCCUUAAAUAUGUUCUUACUGUCUUACUGUGGUGAGAAAACAAACCAUCCUCAACUUUGCUGGGCCAAAGACAUACAGUAUCACUCAAUACAUCUUAGCUUCCAUAACUGCUUCCUCCAGAGUGCUGGAGUUAUGGCUUUAACCUUUUAAUCAUGACACCUUUCUCAAAAAUGGAAAGAAAUGGAAGUCAGCGGUAUUAUAUUAUCAAGAUAGCCCCGAAAUUCUUUACAGGCCUGUCAUCACAGAACACUGUUCUCUCCGUCUGUACUUUUCCAAAUGUUGCUUUUGUGUCAGAUAACAAUAAAGUGCAACUUGGACCUCAUAAAUGAUUCCCUCAGACAGGCAUAAGUAAAGGCAUGUUAUGUAAUAAUGUUUAUGUAGCUAAAUUAUGUGAACAGUCAGAAUCAGGGACAUAUUCCUAAAUAUUUGCUGGAGCUGAUGCUUUGCUAAAGAAUGUCAAACUGAUUCACUUUGUGUUGGCUCAGGUGGUGGGAGAUGCAGGGAUUCUAUAACGGAGGAAUGAGGGAAAACUGACAAAACCUAAACAUGUUUAUGUAAAUCUGCUGUACACAAUACACUCACAAGUUAAAUCACUGUGUACCUCCAUGUCUUAUUUAACACUCUGUCAUCUUAGACAUGUCCAUCACAUAACAGUUAUGAGAAACUGUUUUAACUGUUGUCGGGUUGUAAUUCUGAGUCAUACAAUAGAAACCGACAUUUAUUUAUUUUUUAACAAAUUCUCAGUUGUCCAGCCUACGGUUUUGCUUGUUUCUCUAGUGCCUGUGCUGUUGAUGCUAGCCAAUUGCAACCCCUUUCUGUAGGAAAAUUUGUGUAAACAUUCUGACUAUUUUUCUAACAUGGAAAUUUGAACCUUGUAGAUACUCACUUUCCAUGACAGAAAUUCACUGCUUAUGCACAGCAUCUUUCUGUCUGAAGAAUAAUCGUGGCUUGACUAAAAGGCCUCUGCAACAUGACUUAAAGAACAAACAAACAAACAAAAAACUGGUCAGUUGUGUGAAAAAAAAUGCUGUUUUAUAAAUAUAUGUAUACUGGUAUGUAUAUACUGCAUUUGUACCUGUUUGUUGCUUUCUAAAUUGAUGCCAAUGUGGAUGGAGUGUAAAAACUGUAAAUCCGUCCCAUUUUAAUAAACAUGAAACUGUAUAUCAA